AUGGUCGAUACCGAAGGUCUGAUGAAGAAAGCGGAAGGGGCUGCUGAGUUGACAGCCGUCACCGAAUCGAAACGCCUAGAUCGCCUUGAGACGCAUGCCCUCUCUCUGUCGAGUCGCUUUGAACGAUUUGGCGAUCUCAAUGAUCUUUCGAGCGCCAUCAGCAUCUUCAGCCGUUCUGUUGAGCUAACAUCUGACGACAAUCAUGCGUUGUCCCGGCGUUUAUACCACUACGCGCAGUGCUUGCGUGUCCGUUUCGAGCACUUCGGAAAGUUUGAAGAUCUGGGGGGAGCCCUCGAGUCUAUCAAUAGAUCUAUCCAGCUCACAAACCAGGAUGAGCCUCCUGAGGUUGCGCGGCGACUGUGUGCUCUCGGUCUCCUCCUAUUGGCACGCUUCCGACGCUACUUCGAGGCUCUGAUGACUUCAUUCGGGGAUGUCGAUGAAGCUCUUCAUGCCGGUCGUCGUGCUGUGGCGCUCACGCAUGAUGAUGAUCCCGAAGUCGCACAAUACCUGAGCCUCGUUUCCAACUGUUUGCUCAUACGCUCCCAACACUUCCGUAACACCGACGAGCUCAGAGAAGCUCUCACAACAUCUCGCCGAGCAUUGGAGCUCACGCCGCCCGAUUCUUUUGAAUCUGCAACUAUACUGGGAGACGUAGCAUGUUUCUUGUUGGCCCAAUACAACGAGCAUCACAUACCCGCAGACUUGGAGAAUGCUGUUGAGACAAGUCAUCGAGCUGUUGAGCUCGCAGCGGACAAUCCCCUGAAGCUUUCAGAGCUAUCGGCGACCUUCGGUCUCGUUGUAUGGACUCGUUUCAAAAACAAGCAUAAUCUUGGUGACCUAGACGAUGUAAUCGAAGCGAUGACUCGCUCUGUUCGAUUGACACCUGAAGGGCACGUUGAAUUGCCCAUGCGGUUGAAUAGACUCGCGUUGUACUCUCGCACCCGCUUUGAACGAUUUGGCAGGCGUGUUGAUCUUGACACUGCUCUUGAAGGAGACCGCCGUGCUGUCGAGCUCACCUCAGCUGGUGACUCUACACUUGCGCACCGGUUGCUCAGUCUCGCGGCAUCACUCCAAGCUCGAUUCGAUCAUCUCGGCGAGUUGAACGAUGUAGACAGCGCCAUACAAGCGUACGACCGAGCCCUCGACGACACUCCUGUGAAUGAGUACAGCCUCAUAUAUCCUCAGCUCAUGAGUGGUCUUGCGACCGCGUUGCGAACCCGCUUUGAGCGUACCGGGGAUCUUCUCGAUCUCGAGAGGGCAUUGGAUGCGAGUUUCCGGUCCGUCGAACUACACCAUCCCGAAGAUCCCGAAGUCCCUCGAUAUCUCUGCAAUCUUGCCGUUUGCUUGACCGCUCGCUUCAAUCAGUUCCAAGAGCCCAAGGACCUCGAAGAUGCGAUAGAUGCAAGUCAUCAAUCCCUAGCUCUCACUCCAGAGGGGCAUACUGAGCAGCGGUGGCGGAUGAUGGGUACCGCGAUCUCAUUGAAAGCCCGUGUCGAGUACAAGGGCGAGCUCUCCGAUCUCGACCAAAGCCUCCAGCUCGUCAGGCGCGUCAUUGAAUUGACAGACGACAAUGAUCCCUACCUCCCCAUACCCCUACACCUCCUUGCUACUUUGUUAAGAUCUCGAUUCGAGAGUCUUCGGGACGUGGAUGAUAUCGAGAGUGCUCUGAAAGCCCACCAUGAAGCCAUCGAGCUCUCACGGGAGGACGAUCCACGCCUCGCUCUAUACCUUCAUGAUAUUGCCGUCACUUUGCGAGUCUCACAUGAGACGAUUGGCGACGCAGAUGACCUUGAGCGCGCUCUACGGGUGGAGCGUCGCUCACUCAAGCUCACACCGCACGAUCACCCUGAGAAGUCGAAAAGGCUCUUUCACGAAGGCUCACUUUUGCGAACACGCUUCGCGUCGAAUCGUGUACAGCAGGAAUUCGACGCAGCAGUGAACUGUUUCAUGGAAGCAAGUAGACACCAUCAAGUCGGUGAUUCACGAUGGCGCUUUCAGUCUGCCGAAGCGUGCAUUCAGCUACUCGUCGAGCACCCCGAAUUCAGCACAUCGGCGGUCAUGUUGCUUGCAUAUUCACGCGUUCUGGAAUGUCUUCCUGAGCUACUUUGGCUAGGGUACAGUGCACGGCGACGCUUCGUGGGAUCGGCACAAGUAGGCGUAUUAGUCAACGCGGCUGUAAGCUACGCUAUUGAGCACAGUGAACUUGAAAGAGCCGUGGAGUGGUUCGAUGCAGGCAGGGCUCUGGUCUGGUCUCAAGCCUUGUCGAUGCGCACCUCUCUCGUUCAACUUGAGCAAGCACUGCCGGAACAUGCCCAGAUUCUCAAAAAUGACAUCUACCCGGAGCUUCAGAGACUAGGAUUUCAUGUCCACCGAGAUACAGCAUCCACUCACUCCGCACCUGAUAACGAAGCCUACACUGGCCGAGCAGUAGUCAGAGAAGAUCCCUCGAAGCCCCGAAGUUCUCGAAAGCUAUCUGCGAUGGAGGAGUAUAGACGAGUGGCGAUCGCGUACGAUAAGCUGCUGAAAGAUGUUCGCAGUCAAGAGGGUUUCAAAGACUUCAUGCUUCCCAAGAAGUUUCAGAACCUCACUUCAACGUCUCUGUUCACGAACUUGCACGGAGCUAUUGUUCUUAUCAACGUCGAUAAAGCUCGAUGCGACGCGCUGAUCCUCGCUUCCGAUGGUUCUCUGAAGCUGGUGAAACUGCCGGGCUUGACGCAGCAACGUGCCGAGCAGUUGUGCUCCAUCUGGGUUCGGUAUGUGGGCCUGAACAGAGGGACUCGGCGCGGCGCAGUUCCUCCACAACAUGUCACCGUGAACGGGGGCUCCAACAUCUACGGCCGUGUUCUGGCUCGCCUAUGGGCAUGGGUAGUACAGCCAGUCUUUGACGCCCUGGACUUGACUUCAAAGUCCCACGCUGCCGCCCAGGAACUGCCGCACAUAUUCUGGUGCACCACAGGUCCGCUCAGUCGGCUGCCGUUGCACGCGGCGGGCGUCUACGAUAAGGGUCAGACCGGCCAUCAUGCAUACGAUUAUGCGGUCUCAUCGUACACGCCGUCCCUCUUUUCACUGUUAGGCUGCCAUGAUCGCGUGUUAGAGAAACCCUCGCCACCUACUUUACUUGUGGUCACCCAAUCGAAUACCCCGCGCUCUGGUUUGCCUCCGUUGCCGGGCGUGCGAGACGAGAGCAACCGACUUCGCACCCUCUUCGAAGCGCACGGGCACUGGAACUCGCUACUUGAAGGAGAGGACGCGACGAGGGUCCGCGUGCUUUUCACCGCCUAUGAGCACUCUUGGAUACACUUUGCGUGUCACGGCUCUCAAAGUUCAAUCGACCCCACUCUGAGCUCGAUCGAAUUGUACGACAGCCCACUGGCACUUUACGAGUUGACGGGCUCCGACUUUGAUAAUGCGGAGCUCGCGUUCCUAUCGGCAUGCGAGACGGCCGUUGGAGACCUCAAGAUACCAGAGCAGUCGGCUCAUCUCGCGGCCGGGAUGUUGGCAGCAGGUUUCAAGGGCGUUGUUGCGACAAUGUGGUCCAUCAGAGACCAGGACGCGCCACUCAUUGUCGAGGCGUACUACCAGAAGUUGCUCGAACUUCGCGGGAACAACACCGUUCCAAAAGGAGAGACGGGUGCAGCAUAUGCUCUUCAUGAGGCAGUGAAGCGGCUGAGGGAGAAGGUCGGGGAGAACCACUUCGAGCGUUGGGUAUCGUUCGUGCAUUUCGGUAUCUGA